CCAACACCCAGGUUCAGCUGGGGCUGAGUUACAACUCGGCUGAGUGUUUCGGUCACUGGGGGUAAACAAGGUUCAUCUCUGAGCUGUCGGUCAGCAAGGAAACAUCUUGCAGCUGCAGAUUAACAUCAGACCUCACAAUAACAACAAAGUUGUGCUCCGAUGUUGUCAGAAACUCACUAGAAAACUGAAAGGGGUUUGUAGUUCUCACCCUCGAAGGGUUGUCCACAUCUUUUUUUAUUUUUUGCACUGGAGACAAAUGGUUUUGAGUCAUGGAUCAAGGUGUUGUGGACAGUCCUGUCACCCUUGUCAUCAGGGCACCCAACCAGAAGUACAAUGACCAGACCAUCAACUGUUGCCAGAACUGGACUGUGGAGAAACUCAAAGCUCACCUGUCUGAUGUGUACCCGAGCAAACCAAGCUCCAAAGACCAGAGGCUGGUGUAUUCUGGGAAACUGCUAUUGGAUCAUUUUACCUUAAAAGAUGUGCUCAGAAAGCAGGACGAGUACCAUAUGCUCCAUCUGGUGUGCGCCUCCCGGACCCCUCCCAGCUCCCCGAAGCCCCCCCGCAGCCGCAGUAACAAGCCUCAGGAGAACUCGGCCAGUCCCACGAACUCUACUAGUCCUUCCACUGGUCCUCACAGCCAGUCGUCUGCAGGAGAGAGCAGUGAUGGGCUCAGACAGCGAACUGGAGCCUUCCCCUACCACCAGAUGUAUCCACAGUUUAUGCACAGCUGGAAUCAGUUCCCCCCACAGUCGACUCCUCCCACAAACACGCCCGCCUAUUACAACCCCAUGACGCUAAUGUGGUGGCAGCAGCUGUACGCGCGGCAGUACUACAUGCAUUAUCAGCUACUGGCUGCCUCCUCUCAGCACCUCAGGCCAGACCAGCCCUCCUCUCACUCUAACCCGCCUGACCCGCUGAACCAGCAGCCUCAGGCGGAUCGCCGUGGCAACCCAGAAGUCCAGAUGAACGCCCAGGGAGGGGAGAUCCUGAACGAAGAUGAGCUGAACCGGGAUUGGCUGGACUGGGUGUACACUUUUUCACGUGCUGCGAUCUUACUCAGUAUAGUCUACUUCUACUCGUCAUUCAGCCGGUUCGUCAUGGUGAUGAUGGCCAUGCUGGUGCUCUACCUGCAUCAGGCCGGCUGGUUUCCCUUCAACCUGGAGAACGAGCUCCAGCUUCCUGGAGACAGAGCCAAUCAGGACGAUAUGGAGGGAGAGCUACAAAACCACGAGUUACAGGAAAUGGAGGGCGUGAUGGAUGACGGCUCAGACGAUGAUGGGGAAAGCGGAGAGGAAGGAGCAGAGGAUCCAAACAGCGCCCCCCACACGGGCUUCCUGUCCUCCACGUGGUCGUUCAUCAUCACCUUCUUCAUGUCGCUGAUCCCGGAGGGACCUCCAAAUGCUGCUAACUGAACCACGAGCCGCCACAGUUCCUUUCUCCACAAGGGCACAUUCUUUCUUUAAGAGGAGGACGAGCGUCCUUCCUGCUUCAGGAAACUGUUUCUGUUGCAGUACAGUGUUAUAGUUUCCCAAUAGUGUACUUUAGUACAUAUCUGAGACUUUGAGCCAAAACACAAAUGACUGAUUCAGCCUAAAAAAGAAAUAAAAUGUCAAUUUUGUCUGCACAAAGACAAAAAAAAAAUCAAAUGACAUGAUAUUAGUUUAACUGCUCUAUACAAGGACUGCAAGUGAUGCCUUGUAAACAUAGUCAAAAUAAUAAUAGUGUCUGCGUUAUUGUUAUUGUUGUUUCUGUAAUCUAUAAAAUAGGAACAGCAGACACGUUUAUAAAAAAUUCUAACACUUUAACAACCUAAAUCUCCUGUUUUAUCUGUAAGAAGCUGCAAUAUCUGUCGAAAUAGUUUUGUUUGAACUGUAAUGAUUUUUUUGUAAUGGUGGUUGUAAACAAAUAAGAAAUUGUGUUUUAAAAGAGCCACUUUAGUCCAGAAGCUUAAAUUCAGAGGAUAAUCCUGAGACGUGGAGCGCCUGUGAUGACUUACACGAGUGAUUCUGGCCUGAGAGUUUCGAAAGUGUGUGUGAACACGUCAUGUGCUGAGCUGGAAGUCAGAGUGACGUCGGCGACAGAAGUGUGAUUUUCACUCAAGUGAAACGAUGUACCACAAAUUCUCUGACAGCCUGAAAGAACUGAGUGAAGAUGAGUAUCAAACAUGAACGUCAGCGUUUGGGUUUGAGUCACGUGGCAUCGAGCGAACGAGAGACACUUUGAAACGUCCUGCUGUGAUAUGAAGCACUGCCACAAUUCAGAGUUCAUGUAGGACAAAACGUACACCUCCUGAGUGUGAACAUGGCUGCUGCUGUUACCUUCAACAUGUUGUGAAUCAAUAAUAUUCAUGUUUAUUAAACCUUCAUUCAUGGUAA